UUUGACACGUUUUUAUUCUUUACAGUGCAGUGCCAAGUAUGGAGAAAUUCUUUUGGACCUUGCUUCUGGUGAACGUCGGGAUAGUUUUCGUAAAUUCCGAGUCGACAGUUCAUUUUUUAGCGGGAAACAUGGAACAGUUCGUGACUUCUACGACGCUCGAAUGGGUGCCAAGAGUGCCAAGGAAUGAAAAUGACAAGGAAAUCCUCAAAAAUGCAGUCAUUGCCGCAUAUCAAGUUAUAGCAGAACCGAAGGACAAUGAGGCAGCCGUAACAGAAAACGACACUGGCAACGGUUUGGUCAGCAAACCGGUAUACGUAUGCCGAGCAAAAAUCAACAGCGUAUGGGUCGUGGGUCAGCUCAGGCCCCUCAAGCACGUUUGCGUAGUGUCCGACUACAGGAGGGUGUCGGAACACGACCACUUCGACAUCUUGGUGAGCAUCGAAGAUAGCGCCAGGCUCAGCUGGGUUAACAAGGAAACGUACACUAUUCUAUCGCAGGGGGCGGUUACUAGCGGGGAGAAUCCGGUCAGGACUUUCGUGGCUAGGAGGGCGGCCAAAAAUCACGGAAAGGAGGGUUCCCUCACCCAUUACGUGGGUAAAUUCAACCCAUCAGAAAACCUCGGCGUAUUCCACGUGGUCGACCAAAACAACGACGAGAUCCAGUUCGAAGAUGGGGAAGUCCUCGUGGAAACCGAACCGAUCGGCUACGAACUGAAGUCCAUCAAGUACCAAAGAACGAAAAAGCGACAGCGCAAAAAUAAGCGUGUUCUCGGCUUCGCCACCUUGAAGAACGAAGAGAACGGUUUGCAGCGCGUUGACAGCGUCAUCAGUUUCAAUUAUACCUAUUCCCUGCACUGGGGAAAAGGCCACGGAAUGCUGACAGGAUUGCCGUUCAACGUGUCGCUGCCAAACGGGACUCAGAUCCAUGGAGCGUGGGCUAUCUGGCAGGAAACGAAUGUAGUGGAAGUGGCGCCGAUUGAAAAAUACCUAGAAGCAGGAACAGCAGUCAACGUUACACUGAUGGGCAACUACACCGAAAUAGAGGUUCCUUACACAGCCACAGUAGUCUUAUUCUACGCCGACAACGGAACAAGAGAGAUAACAAUCCGAGAUACCAAAAUCGAAAAUAAAAUGAUGGAUAUUGUGACUGUAUACGAGCCGGCAUACUUUAUCCACAACAACACUUUGGUCCCCACCACGACAACUACGACUACCACGACUACGACCACCACCACCAAAACUACCACGCAAGAAGUAAUUCCUAUCGCUCCACCCCAGGUCGUGAUCAAAGACAGGAAAUCGGAUGGCUCAUCUUCGAUCGAAGGGAAACACGAAAAUGGAAGCAUGCUAUCAGACCAACAGACCUCGAAACAUGACAACGCAUCAUCUCUGAAGAAGGGCGAUCCCCAAACGAGAGAGAGCGUGGACGGGGGAGCAGCUUCUAGAUCUGUUAUGGGGAUGGUGACGAGUCUGGUACUAGCAGUCAUUGUGUGCAGAAUUACGUAAACAGACUUUUUCACUUGAAGGAACAGCCUGCUUGAAGCUAGCGGUUGAAGUUAACGGUCGUCAAGGAGCAAGAAGUUAGCCUCAAUAUUCAUGUUUUUGAAUAAUCACAAUGUUUGUUUCGUUGCAAAUCCAGACUUAUUGCUAUGUCGUUUCUGUGUAAUAUACUUGUUCUGUUAUUAUUCCAUCCACAAACAAAAAAGUAAUAAAAAUAUAAAUAUUUUUUUUCAAAAUCAUGUUUUCCAAAGUACAGAUUAAUAUCGAUUGGGGCUAACUUCGGAGCAAGUCCUAUGGCAGCUUUCGACAAAAAUCAUUUUCACUAUCUACUGUUUUAUGGUUCUUGUUCUGUUGCUAUAUUCAUCCUAUCUCUUUCGACUAUUGUUUAAUGAUGUGUAUAUAACUGUGUAAAUAAGCAAAGAUUGGUGAAGAAAAUGCUAGUUGAGAAUUGGUGAUAAAACUACGUCCAAUUUGUAAAAUUCCUAUUCCAUAUGUAUUUCACUAUCAAAUUCUUUACAAAAUCAGAGAUUUAAUAACUUUUUCAAUUUUUAUUACUUCUUUAGAUUCCUAGAAAGGAAUAUUGAACUUGGCCAAAGUUCAUGAAUUCAUUGCACAAUUUUUGAAAGGUUUGGUAGCAAAAUUCAUAUAGAACUGGAAAGGUUUUCGUAUAAUUUUAGAGUGUAGUUUUGGGGUAUGGUUGAUUUAUUAAAGUUACGUCUCUCUAAAUGAUACUUCUGAACUGAUUAAACUCCUUUGAGGCGUAAUGUAUUCUUGCCGAGUAUGGAACAUAGAAUACUAAAAUCAUUACUAGCAAAAUGGAAAUAUAUUUUGCAAGACAAAUGGUAGUAACGUAGUGUGUGGUAUAUAUUUUUGCUAAAAAUGACGGUGUUAUUUUUGUUCAAAAUUAGAAUGUAUAAAAUAAACUUUCUUGGCGCUAGCCCAUCGACCUGUCUAAAAUAACGAUCAUGUUCAGUGUAUUGUUCGAGGUUUAGAAAUGUUCUCAUUUUUCGUUUCCAAGUACAAAAAACUAAUAUUAUGUAAAUGUAUUUUCUGAAUUUUGCUUUGUUGUUUUCUAGAAUAUUUCGGUGUAGUGUUUUUUUAAGAAACUGGCAGUUUGGCUCUAGAUUGUAACUGAAAGAACUCACACAAAAACAAAAUUCAGAAAAUUACUAUAUGUAAAAGCUCGAUGUAAUUACUAACCAAAAAAUUGUUCUCAGCAUUGUGUAUAUAUAAUAAAAUGAUUAUUUUAAAAUAAUAUUCAAAACUAUUAUAAGGUAUUAUUCAGGCCCAAUGCGAAAUAUGAUAUUUCUUCAAGCUUUGCAAUGUGGCUGUAUCUUUCUAUUCAAUACAUUAUUUUUGUCCAUUUAAAUAAAUAUCCCAAUACUGCUGUGAAACUUUCCAAAAACUAAAGCUAAGAGUAUAUAUAUCAAUUUUGAUGUGUUCAAGAAUUAAUCAAAACUCAGCGAGUUAUUCAGCUUAUAAUAGUGACAAUAUUUGUAAGGAGAAAAAUCAUGAUUGCUGUUCUUUUGUGAUUGAUAUUGGACUGAAAACUCUUCUGUAAAGAUUAUUUGUUUUUAAUUAUUAUUGUACAUUCCUAUGAUAUGUAGAUAUUCAUUAUAAAAUAUACUUAAUGAAAACUCUGUA